AUGUCUUCACAAUCGUACCAAGAUGACAACGAAUCCUCGAAACCAUCUCCUUCCGACGCCUCUACCUGUGGCAAUGAACGCGAAGGGGACAUACAGAUUGGCGUGACCUUUCGGAACCUCAAUGUAUAUGGAUUCACCUCUUCAGACCAGUACCAACAAACGGUGGCUUCUUACAUACUCGACAUACCAAAAUCUCUGUCACUUUUGUUCAGACGACGCGACUCGCACAAGAGAAACAAGCCGAUCAUUUUGCGAGACUUUACCGGAUUGGUUCGCAGUGGUGAGAUGCUGCUUGUUCUCGGAAGACCUGGUAGUGGCUGCUCUACCUUUCUGAAGACUUUGGCAGGAGAAACACGCGGACUUGAGAUUGAUGACGUAUCGAAGAUCAACUAUGACAGCAUAUCAUACCAACAGAUGCAUAAAACUUUCAAAGGCGACUGCUUGUACCUUGCAGAGCUCGACGUACAUUUUCCAGAACUUACUCUGGGUCAGACUCUCAAAUUUGCAGCGGCAACGAGAGAUGCAAGUUCAGACAGGAAGUUGAAAGCGCAUAUCGUUGCGAAGGAUGCGUCUUCAAAGUUCAAUCUCGAUGCUGCUUUCGAUACUAACGUCGGCAAUGCAAUGAUUCGAGGAAUUAGCGGAGGGGAAAAAAGACGAACGAGUAUUGCUGAGAUGUUCAUCAGUGCAGCCAAAUUUCAGUUCUGGGACAACAGUACGCGGGGCCUCGACAGCUCUACAGCCCUCGGGUUCGUCCAAUUGAUCAGGAACUCGACAACAAACCUGCGAUCGACGGCCGUGAUGAGCAUUUACCAGGCUUCGGACGCCAUAUACGACAAUUUCGACAAAGUCACUUUGCUGUAUGAAGGCCGUCAGAUCUAUUUCGGUCCCGCUUGGCUCGCCGCAAAUUACUUCAUUGAGCUAGGCUUCGAUAAACCUCCUCGUGCAACGACUGCUGACUUUUUAACCUCUCUCACGCAUCCAGCAGAGCGCCAUGUGAGAAAGGGUUUCGAAAACCGCGUGCCUCGCUCUGCUGAUGAAUUUAUGGAGGUCUGGAGGCGCAGUUCUGCUGCGAAGGCACUUCUCCAGGAGAUUGACAAACCCAACACGGUUUCGAAGGAGGUACUCCAAGUGCACAAUGCUGACGUCUUGCGAUCCUGCAGCCGUGAAACACUGACCUAUCUGCUCCCAAUCUGGGCUCAGAUUUGGCUUUGCAUCAAAAGAGGUUUUCAAAGGCUCCGCAACAACUACGUACCGACCUUGGCUGGUAUCAUUGGAAACACUAUAAUCGCUAUCGUAGUGGGCAGUGUUUACUUCAAUUUGGGCGAAGACACCGACGCCCUUGACAAGCGCGCCGUACUGGUCUUUUUCUCUCUUAUGAUCAACGCAUAUGCACCUGCAUUCGAGAUCAUGGCAAUGUGGGCUCAGCGACCCAUUGUCGAAAAGCACAAUCGAUACGCUUUCUACCAUCCCUUUACAGAGAGCUGCGCUUCCCUCAUCUGCGACCUGCCAAACAAGAUCUUGACUUGCAUCAUGUUCAACACCACCCUCUAUUUCAUGACUAACCUGCGGAUGACUGCGGGUGCUUUCUUCACCUAUCUUCUGUUUAUAUUCACCACCAUACUGACCAUGUCAAUGUUCUUCCGAAUGGUUGGAUCACUUUCAAGGACGAUUGAGCAAACAAUGGUGCCCGUUUCUAUGGUAAUCCUCUUGUUCAGCGCAUAUACGGGCUUUAUCAUCCCUGUCAAGGAUAUGGUUCCCUGGCUGAGCUGGUUGAGACGGCUCAACCCGAUUGCGUUUGCCUACGAAAGCUUGAUGAUCAAUGAGUUCACUGGCCGUCGCUUUUCAUGUUCAAGCCUCAUACCUGCCGGACCAGGUUAUGCCGAAAAUGACUUGGAACACAAAGUUUGUGCUGCAAUUGGCUCAAGGCCUGGAAACUUUGAGGUCGAUGGUUCCGCUUUCAUCGAGUCGAAAUACGGAUUCGAAACAAGCCAUCUCUGGAGGAAUAUUGGUAUAAUACUAUCAAUGCUGGUGAUUCUUUGCACAAUUCACCUCGUCGCGACUGAGUAUAUCCCUGCCCAAAUCUCCCGGGGCGAAGUGCUCCUUUUCCAAAAAGCAAACCGGAAGAACAAAAAGGUCGUCAAUGAUGAAGAGACGAUACAACUUGCAGAUUUCUCCCACAACGCGUACAAUGGCGAAAGCGCUCACAAACAGACGCCAUUCCACGAUACAACAGAAAUUCAUGACGAAACUGAGUGUUCAGAGCAAACGAGAGAUCAGUCAACAUUCCAUUGGAGCAAUGUCAACUAUUCAAUCAAAACCAAAAACGGAACGCGACAAAUCCUGAAUGACAUCGAAGGUUGGGUCCAACCGAGCACACUGACUGCUUUAAUGGGCGUUACCGGUGCAGGCAAGACCAGCCUCCUCGAUAUCUUAUCCUGUCGAACAAGGGUAGGUGUAGUAACAGGUGACAUUUUCCUCGGCAAGCAGCAACGUGCGGCAGACUUUCAGCGAAAGACAGGCUACGUUCAACAAGAGGAUAUUCAUCUUCCCACUAUGACAGUUCGCGAAGCUUUGGAGUUCAGCGCACAAUUACGGCAGACCAGCGGCAAGGCAUCAUCCGAGCAAUCAGACCAUGUUCAGCACGUCAUUGACAGUUUGGACAUGAGCUCAUAUGCUGAAGCUGUUACUGGCGUUCCAGGUGAAGGCCUUAAUGUCGAGCAACGGAAGCGACUCAGCAUUGCGGUAGAGAUGGUGGCCAGACCUGAACUACUCUUGUUCCUAGAUGAACCCACUUCUGGUCUUGACAGUCAAACGGCCUGGUCAAUAUGUAUGCUGCUUCGCAAGCUAGCAGACAACGGGCAAGCUAUUCUCAUUACUAUACACCAACCAUCUUCACAACUCUUCCAGGUAUUCGAUCGUCUGUUGCUUUUGGACAGGUCUGGGAAGACGCUUUAUUUCGGCGACAUCGGACCAGACUUCUCGAAACUGACUAGUUACUUCGAAAGCAACGGUGCAUCAGCAUGUGGCUUUGGCCAGAAUCCUGCAGAAUGGGUACUGGAUGUUACGGGAUGUUCGCAGGACGCCGAUGCCUCGCAAGCACAUCCGUCAAAGAAUUGGUGUGAGGUUUGGGCUCGAAGUGCUGAAAGAAAAGAAGUCUUGCGCCACCAUGCGGGCCUGAAGCAGCUGGCAGUUGGUGUUGCAGACUCACAGGCAGUGGUACAAAGAGAUCAGUUUGCGGCAUCUUACCCGCGCCAGCUGCAACUGGUCACAAAGCGCGUAUUUCAAGAGUAUUGGCGCGACCCGGUAUACCUAUACUCGAAAGUUGGCCUCUGUGCUGGUGUGACUCUCUGCAACGGCCUUUCUUUCUUCAACACCACCCUUGACAUCCAAGGCAUAUCUAACAUUUUCUUCUCUGUUUUCCUCUUUACUCAACUCUUUAGCACCCUCGACCAACAAGUCAUUCCGCGCCUUACAUCCGGAAGAGCACUUUUCGAAGCCCGAGAGAGAAGAUCGAAGACGUACUCAUGGGCCGUCAUGAUCUUUGCCCACAUUACUGUCGAACUCUUCUGGCAAACGAUAGCAACACUUUGGAUUUUCGUGACCUGGUGGUACCCUACCGGCCUAUGGAAAAAUCACGAUCCAAGCCUUGGAUCAAGUGAGCGAAGCGGUCUUGCUUUCGGCGUGAUAUGGCUUUUCAACCUGUGGAUAUCAACCUUUUCACAGGCUGUAGGCGUGGGAAUGGAUCACGAAGAGACGGCCGUGCAAAUUGCGACCCUGUUCUUUUGGCUAUCGCUUGUAUUCUGCGGUGUCCUCGUACCACCCAAGGACCUUCCCCGCUUUUGGGAGUUUGUCUAUCGCGCGUCGCCUAUAACGUACUUUAUCGACGGCACAGUAGCUGCAGGCCUCGCCAAUACUCAGGUCCAUUGUUCCAACAGUGAAUUCCUUCACAUCAACCCUCCGGAAGGUCAAACUUGCGAAAGCUACAUGAACCCUUUUAUCAGCCUUGCUGGCGGGUACCUCAGCAACAUUUAUGCAACCAGCGACUGUAGGUAUUGUCCCAUACUUGAUGCAAACCCACUGUUGGCACGUUAUGGAGUUGAAGUCGAGAGAAGGUGGCAUAAUUUUGGAUAUUUGGCUGUUUAUGUAGUGUUUAACAUAUUGAUGACUUUUGGGAUCUAUUGGGCUGUGCGGGAGAGGAAGGCACGAAAUUGA